AACCGGAGAGCAGCAGCCUACAGCCGGAUUGUGUUGUUACAUAACUUCACUGCAGAUCCACAGCAGCAGCAGCCGCUUCAACCCCUCACUCAUCCGUUUACCUCUUCACAAUGGCAGCUCCCAAGAAAGUCUGCAUCGUUGGCUCUGGAAAUUGGGGCUCUGCCAUUGCUAAGAUAGUGGGUGCCAAUGCUGCUCAGAAUUCAAAUUUCGAUACCACCGUAAAAAUGUGGGUGUUUGAGGAGACUGUGAACGGCCGCAAACUGACUGAAAUCAUCAACACUGACCAUGAAAAUGUGAAGUACCUUCCUGGACACAAGCUGCCAGCUAACGUGCUGGCCGUCCCAGACCUGGUGGAGGCGGCCAGUGACGCAGACAUUUUGGUGUUUGUGAUCCCGCACCAGUUUGUGGGGAAAGUGUGUGACACCAUAAAGGGGAAGAUAAAGAGUGACGCACUGGGGAUUUCUCUUAUCAAGGGCGUUGAUGAGGGACCUGACGGGCUCAAACUCAUCUCUGACGUGAUCCAGGAGAAGCUCGGUAUCACCAUGAGCGUGCUGAUGGGCGCCAACAUCGCCAAUGAGGUUGCUGAUGAGAAGUUUUGUGAGACUACAAUCGGCUGUAAGAAUAAAAACCACGGGGCUCUGCUGAAGGAGCUCAUGCAGACUAACAACUUCAGAGUCACUGUGGUGGAGGAGUACGAUGUGGUGGAAAUCUGUGGAGCUCUGAAGAACAUUGUUGCGGUCGGAGCAGGUUUCUGUGAUGGUCUGGGCUUCGGAGACAACACAAAGGCGGCAGUGAUCAGGUUGGGCCUGAUGGAGAUGAUCGCCUUCGCCCGUAUUUUCUGCACAGCUGGUCCCGUUUCCUCUGCAACCUUCCUGGAGAGCUGCGGCGUGGCUGACCUCAUCACAACCUGUUACGGCGGCCGCAACCGCAAAGUAGCUGAAGCUUUUGUAAAGACGGGAAAGACCAUCGAAGAGCUGGAGAAAGAGAUGCUGAACGGUCAGAAGCUGCAGGGACCAGCCACAGCAGCCGAGGUUUAUCAAAUCCUCAGUCACAAAAACCUAGUUGACAAGUUCCCACUGUUCAAUGCAGUGUAUCAGAUCUGCUAUCAGGGCCAUCCAGUCACAGGGUUCAUAAGCUGUUUGCAAAACCACCCAGAGCACAUGUAAAAAAACGACAAACUGACCAAGUGCCUUCUAAACGCAGAACAUUACCAUUCCUCACCUGCUGCCCCUCAGAAAUAGACGGGGGAUGACCAGUCACUCCACAGCUGUCAUGCAACUGAACGGCUCCAGCCAGUGAGUGCAGUCCACAUUCACCCUUUGGAGAGAGGUUGCAUAACAUUUGUGUGUGUUUAGUUCUCCACUUUGUCCUUAACAUUAUUUUAAGUGCUUUUGUUCAUUUCCUGUCGUACAUGAAACUUGCAGGAUAAUUGUAGAAGGUUCUCCAUGUGGUGGUCAGAUAGCUCUUUUUGCCUGAGAUUUUUUUUUCUUUCCCCGAGCCGAAUCAGAGUGCAUGGUGUCACUUUUUUUAGACAGCACCGAAAUCAAAAACACUAACAAAAAAAUACACCUAUAUAUAAAAAUGGACUUUUUAAAAACAUUUCACUCCUCUUUUAGUCGGCCCUUGACUGCCCUUCAUUUUGCACAAUGUUUAUAUGGUACGACAUCAUGCAUUCGGAUUUUGGCAGGGUGGACCACUCAGGACAAAGACCUUCUGAAAGCCUUCUGUUGAGGGAAUUAUCUACUAUGAAAGGUGCCGUCCAGUGAAUGCCUGUUCAUCACAACUUAUUUAAUUAUAGAUGUAAUACCUCAUCUCAUUAUGUCUUUGUAUGUUCUAAAGUGUCUUACAUUAAAUCUCUAUAUUUCCUGUCCUGUACUGUAUAUUAACAUACUGUUAAACGCACAGCAACUGUUUUUAACAAGAAAAUGCAAGUGCCUUAGGAUGCACGGUUGCUAAAUCUUGGCCAUUUUUUUUUUUUUUUGUCCAACCAAAGAUUUGACUACUUAACAUCCGUCAAUUAUGCCAUUUGUUACUGUGACCCUGCCUGGCCCCGUUCCCCAUCAGUUAUGGCUAAUGUGUUGGACAUUUUUCUGUGAAUAAAAUAAUUCUGUUGUCAAAUUA